AUGUCCACCUCAUCACUCUCAACAUUGUCGAAUUAUAAUUUGAAAAUACCCAUUCCACCUCGUUCUGGUCGCAUUGAAGAAAACGAUCCACUCUUCUCUGAACAAACACCAAAUCAAAUCAACAACAACGAUCAAGUGAUUACAUUAAUUGAUGAAAAAGAUCCGAAUGUCAUUCAUGAGACACUCGAAUCUGAGCAAGAGUUGAUGCAUUCGUUUGGGGGAGUCAUCACUGAACCCUCUGAAGAGGAGAAAAAACAAAUACGAAAAAAGUACAAUUUGCCACCAUUUAAUACGUUAUUUCCAUAUCGGCGAGGUAGAGAUUAUUGGAAUUACAGAUAUGAGGAGAGAGCAAGCGAGUUAUUCUAUGAUUGGUAUCUCAGUUUUAACCAAAUGAAAUCAACUCUUCAACCAUAUUUAACAAGUUAUGACAUGCGAAUAUUAAUUCCAGGCUGUGGUAAUUCUCGUCUGCCCCAACAAUUGGUGAAAAGUGGUUUCAAAAACAUUCUCUGUAUUGAUUACUCUGACGUAAUUAUUAAGAAAAUGAGAAAAAUUCAUGAAAAGUACAGCGAAUAUGUAAAAUUCCAUUGUGUUGACGCAUGUUCCAUGAAAAUGAUUGAAUCUGACUCGUAUGAUCUUGUCAUCGAUAAGGCACUCACCGAUUCAAUGUCAUGCUCAACAAGUGAAAUUCGUUCAUCGAUCACAGAUAAUGUCACCCGAUACUUUUUUCAAGUCUCGAGAAUUCUAAAGCCAGGAGGAAAGUUUCUCAUCUACUCUUCAAGAGAUCGAUCAGACCUCGUAAAGACGAGUGAUGCAUCGCUGUGGUCUUCUAUUUGCACGACAAAGGUACCACGAAUUCAAACCACUAAUGAAAAGCUCCGAAAUUUCUUUCCAUCCAAUCUCUCAAACAGCUCUUUUCACUUGCUUGUUCUCUCCAAGAAGGGUGAGGAAGAUGAAUUGCCUCCUGAUGGUAUGUUCCUACUCAGUGGAGGUGCCAAAAGUGAACAAGUUGACUCGGCAUCAAUAGCCAUUGACGCCAUGAGAAGAUUUCAAAGUAAAAGCAACAGCAUUCUGUCAAAGCUUGCUGAUUUUGAGCGUGAAGUACGAGAGGAACAGCAACAGGAGUUUCUUUGA